UCUUCGUGAAUUAGUGAUACGUCAUAUUCAGUUAUUCACAUUUUAAUUUUUUUUACCUUAUUGUUUUCUCUUCCGUACUCUCUUCUGCUUCCUUCUCUUCUUCUUCUUCCCUUUGCAGCCGCCAUGUGCGGAAUCCUUGCAGUGUUGGGUUGUGUUGACAACUCUCAGGCCAAGCGCGCUCGCAUCAUCGAGUUAUCUCGCAGAUUGAAGCAUAGAGGACCUGAUUGGAGUGGAUUGCAUUGCCAUGGAGAUUGUUAUCUUGCUCAUCAAAGGCUUGCUAUUGUUGACCCCACUUCAGGGGAUCAACCUCUUUAUAACGAAGACAAGACUGUUGUUGUCACAGUAAAUGGGGAGAUAUAUAACCAUAAGGAACUGAGACAGAAAUUGAGUUCCCACCAGUUUCGAAAUGAGUUAUAUGUAUUAUAUUUCCAAUGUAGUCUUGUUUCGUUUCAUCUUUAUCAUAACAACAUGGUUAUCAUGCAGUACGAAGAGUAUGGAGAAGAAUUUAUUGAUAUGCUGGAUGGGAUGUUCUCCUUUGUCCUUCUUGACACAAGAGAUAAAAGCUUCAUUGCUGCUCGCGACGCUAUUGGCAUUACCCCUCUUUACUUGGGAUGGGGCCUUGAUGGAUCGACAUGGUUUGCAUCUGAAAUGAAAGCUUUAAGUGAUGAUUGUGAGAGAUUCAUAUCUUUUCCGCCAGGGCAUAUAUAUUCCAGCAAACAGGGAGGAUUAAGAAGAUGGUACAAUCCACCAUGGUUCACAGAGCAAAUUCCAUCAACACCCUAUGAUCCUCAGAUCUUACGUCAAGCCUUUGAGAAGGCUGUGCUUAAGAGGUUGAUGACUGAUGUACCUUUUGGAGUUCUUCUGUCGGGAGGACUUGACUCAUCGCUUGUUGCUGCCGUGACCAAUCGUUUUGUGGCUCAAUCUGCAGCUGCACAACAGUGGGGAUCACAGUUGCAUACUUUCUGUAUUGGUUUAAAGGGCUCUCCAGAUUUGAAAUUUGCAAAAGAGGUAGCAGAUUAUCUUGGUACUCGACAUUAUGAACUUUAUUUCACAGUUCAGGAAGGUAUAGAUGCACUUGAAGAAGUCAUUUACCACAUUGAAACAUAUGAUGUGACAACUAUCAGAGCAAGUACUCCAAUGUUCCUUAUGUCCAGAAAAAUCAAAUCCAUGGGAGUGAAAAUGGUUCUUUCGGGAGAAGGUUCAGAUGAAAUAUUUGGAGGUUACCUAUAUUUCCAUAAAGCACCUAAUAAAGAAGAGUUUCAUGAAGAAACAUGUCGAAAAAUCAAAGCUCUUCAUCUUUAUGACUGCCUGAGAGCCAAUAAAUCAACUUCAGCAUGGGGUAUAGAGGCACGUGUACCAUUCUUGGAUAAAGAAUUUAUCAACACAGCCAUGAGUAUUGAUCCAGAGUGGAAAAUGAUACGACCUGAUCUCGGAAGGAUAGAGAAGUGGGUAUUGCGCAAUGCAUUUGAUGACGAAACAAAUCCAUAUUUACCAAAGCACAUUUUGUACAGGCAGAAGGAACAGUUCAGCGAUGGUGUAGGGUACAGCUGGAUUGAUGGCUUGAAGGAGCAUGCUAACCAACAAGUCACAGAUGGAAUGCUGUUGCAUGCUAACUAUGUUUACCCUGAAAACACUCCCACAACAAAAGAAGCAUACCUCUACAGGACAAUUUUUGAGAAGCACUUUCCAAAGAAUGCUGCAAGGUCAACCGUUCCAGGAGGUCCUAGUGUAGCGUGCAGCACCGCAAAAGCUGUGGAAUGGGAUGCCGAAUGGUCAAAGAAUCCUGACCCUUCCGGCCGUGCUGCUCUUGGUGUUCAUGCAGCGGCAUAUGAGGCUGCAGCAGAUGCAAAAACAGCCUAGGCUAAAAACGGGACCCUCUAAAGGCCCUUUAUUCUGACUUUGAAGAACAAAAAAAUGCAAAGCUUUGUCUAGUGAGGCUUAUUUUCAGGUAGAUGAAAAAUUAAACUCUUGAGGAAGAUUGUGGUUGCUCAUUUUAUUUCGCACGGUUAGCACAACAUUUUAAGCUGUUUUGACACUAGCAGAGUAAGAUAACGUUUAAUGUAUACUGUUAGCAAUCUUUCUUA